UUCGCCAAAAGGCUGAUAUGAUGGUGAGAUUACCAUGUUUAACAGAUGAUAUCAGUCUUCUUGGUGUUUAUUGCGCAUUGUAAAUGUUCGUAGGAUUUAACGAUGUUUUGACAUACAGAAGGUGUUAUUUGGCACCUAAACAAUGGUAUUUUCAACUUUUUCCAAAUUAUGUGUUGUCUGGGCGGUACUAGAGGUAACAGCGAUGGGAAAAGAUACGACAGUGGAGAUCCCGUGCUUGUACACGUGUUCGGCAAGACAAUGUCGGUAUGGAUACCUACCAGUAGGCUGCCCACGGUGUCAAUGUGCUCCUAAUCCAUGCCUGUUUUCACAAUGUCCGACCGGAUUCUCGUGUUCCACUGAGCCUUCAGACUGUGGUUAUCCACAGUGUCCGCAUAAGGCGGUCUGUAUUCACAACACAAAGAACGGAGAGCAGCCUUGUGGAUGUCGAUCGGAUUUUUCACCAGUGUGUGGAGCUGACGGACAGACCUAUCCCAAUGACUGCACGAGAUACUGCGCUGGUGUCCUGAAGAAUAACGAUGGAUUCUGUCAUUGUAAAUGUUCCCGAUUCUAUGAUCCUGUAUGUGGAGCAGACGGGCAGUUCUUCAUAAACAAGUGCUUUCUACAGUGUAGGGAUACAGCUAUGGGAACACAUCACCUGUGCCCGUGUCAGUGUCCGUUGACCGUUAACACCGUGUGUGGAGUGGACGGGCAAACCUACAUCAAUGAGUGUGUUCUGAGCUGUGCGGGAAUUCCAAAGAGACAGAACGGAAGCUGUGAGUGUCUGAAGAUGUGCAACUCUGUUCGAAGACCCGUAUGUGGUAGCGAUUUCGUUACUUACACAAACGACUGCCAUAGGAAAUGCGCGGGCGUAGAUGUCUCCGUUAGGCGUCCUUGUACAACACCUCCAAGGAGACAGAACACUCGGACACGUCCAAGUUUAGCCCGUCAACUCUGAUGGGAAAAUCACAAUAACACCAGCAUAACUAUCCCACCGCCGUAUCUAUCUUUCCGCAUGUUUUUUUCUGCAUUACAUCUCGCUUUAGUGACAUUAUUAACGCAUUCGUUGAAGAAUUUAAUCAAUUUCACAGCACACCUACAUAACUGAGCACUACAAACUUGGAUGUACAAAAAGUUUUUUAUAAACAGAACAAAUCUUAA